AUGGCUCUCAAAGCAAUCACCAUCUUUGCACUCGCUGCUUUCGCCGUUGCAGCGCCAAUUGAUGCGGAGAAGAAGGGAGCCGAGCUCUACGGGCCACAAUCCGACCUUUAUAAGCCAGUUCUCCUGCAUAGAUCUGGGGAAGCUGGCGCAGAUGCUGAAACUUAUAGCCCUAUCAACAACCUUUACAGUCCUGGGCUCUUACACAAACGCUCCGAGGAUGAUGCUAAGGCUGAUACCAAUCGGCGAUCGGACGAGGAGCGACGGGACAACGAGCAGCCCGGUGCGCUCUAUUCUCCUUCAAACUUGAAGAUUUAUAAUCCCCCUGUCCGUAAUGUCCUUGCGGAUAAGUUCAAUGAGUAA